AUGUUGUUAGGAGAAUCAGUUUUCAGUGCUUUUGCAGAGCCCCCAUCGGCUAAACCAGUCGACCUCGAUGAAUUGCUCUUCGAUACGAGGGGUUCUCAUUUUGAUGAUCACAAUGCUGAUCAGGCUCUACGUUCCAAUACGGGCCUUACGAUUUCACCUUUUGAAAUCCAUUCCUCUGUUAUCGAUUCCAUUUUUGAGGAUCCAGAUGCUCAAGCAGCUCCAAUGUUCGAGCCAAGAGAGGAUUCUUCCUCUUGGGAGCCACUUUUCAAGGAAGAAGAUGAUCUCAUCCAGUUAGCUGUCGAGUCCACUCCUGCUAUUAAAGAGGAGAUUUUGCCUAAGACAUCGGUGACCUCACCUUUGACAGACAUGGAAGAGUCUACCCGUUCGGCUUCUUGUACUAGCGAGGCUUCCACGCCUAAGAAAGAUCGCUUUGGAUGUACUCCUUACACUAGAAAGAAGAGGGCUCUUCCACUAGAACCUGUUGUUCCUGAAGGUGCUGAUGCUGUCGCUAUCAAGAGGGCUAAGAACACUGAAGCUGCUAGAAGGUCUCGUGCUCGUAAAAUGGAAAGAAUGUCUCAGCUUGAGGAUAAGUGUGAGUCGUUGAUGCAAGAAAACGAGUCUUUGAGAUCAGAAGUUGCUCGUCUCAAGGAUCUUCUGCAGCGGUCUUCGUAA